ACCAACUUGGACCCGUCGCUUUGCUCAUCAGCACGCUGCGACGCCGGUGUACACAGCUACCGCAUUGUGGCCGUCAGCCGGCCCGCGCGGCGGAUGGCGGCCCAGCAACGACCAUUAUGCCUGCUCCACGCCGGUGGUGUUUUAGUCAAGCGCUUCUGGAUCCGUCCUGUUGUGGUCCGAUUCGGCGAUAGGCACCCUUUCCCAUUGGCCACCGCGAGUUUCUGCCUCACACUCUGCGUGUUCCAGGAAGAGACGAGGUGCGACUCCGGUAUUCAAACCUGA